GUCAUACCCUGCACACAAAAUAGCCGGCUGCCGAACAGCGCUCCUGUUCACUUUUGGCGUACGAUGAAAAUGCACCUGAAAUGGGUUAAUGUUUUUUGAGUUUCUGCCUAGAUCGACGUUAAUUUAGCUUAAGUUUUGCUUUGAAAUUUCUCACCUGGAACUUAUCAUGCUUUUUAGCCCAAAACAUACAAAAAAACACAAACGUCUUUCAAGAAAAUGCAAGUUGUUAUGGCAACUACGGUGAUAGUGGCUACCAGCAAUGCCAGCUGAGCAGGAGUAGAACCAAAAUGAUCUUUCGGUGUCUGACAUCAACAUCAUGCCGCUGGCAGCAUUCCCAGCAUUUGAGUGUAAUCAGUUGGCAAGAGUUGUACUAUCCUGUGAGCCUGUCACGUGUUUCUGUCCUAAGCUAAGUGGCUAACGUUUUCCAGCUUGAGCUAUCUCGCCUCUGGAGGUCCCCUCUCACGGCGUUUAAUCGGCGGACGACUCUCACUCGGCCGUCACGAUGAAGUACAUCCUCGUCACGGGCGGCGUCAUCAGUGGCAUCGGCAAGGGCGUCAUCGCCAGCUCCAUCGGCGCCAUCAUGAAGACCGUCGGCUUCCGCGUCACGUCCAUCAAGAUCGAUCCGUACAUCAACAUCGACGCCGGCACGUUCUCUCCCUACGAGCACGGCGAGGUGUUCGUUCUGGACGAUGGCGGCGAGGUGGACCUGGAUCUGGGCAACUACGAGCGCUUCUUGGACGUGACGCUGCACCGCGACAAUAACAUCACCACCGGCAAGGUGUACCAGCAGGUGAUCAACCACGAGCGAGAGGGCCGCUACCUGGGCAAAACGGUGCAGGUGGUUCCCCACAUCACCGACGCCAUUAUGGACUGGGUGGAGUGCGUGGCCAGGAAACCGGUCACUGUGGACGGUCUCGAGCCGGAGAUUUGUAUCAUCGAGCUGGGCGGUACCAUCGGAGAUAUCGAGGGCAUGCCGUUUGUGGAGGCGUUCCGUCAGUUUCAGUUCCGAGUGGGCCGCGGCAACUUCUGCUGUGUGCAUGUGUCGCUGGUGCCACAGCCGUCCAGUACUGGAGAGCAGAAGACUAAGCCGACGCAGGCGUCAGUGCGCGAGCUGCGCGGUCUCGGCCUGUACGCCGAUAUCAUCGUCUGCCGCAGCGAGAAACCCAUCGGGCCGGAGGUGAAGCGCAAGCUGUCCAACUUCUGUCACGUGGCGCCGCACCAGGUGAUCUGUCUGCACGACGUGGACACGCUGUACCGGGUGCCGGUGAUGCUAGCCGAGGAGCGCGUUCUGCACGCUCUGCAGGAGUGCCUCCACCUCCGCCUGCCCACAGGAAUGAAGCCGCGUCGCUGCAUGGCGCGCUGGCGUGACCUGGCCGAGCGCGCCGCCCACCUCAGACGCACCGUCACCAUUGCGCUGGUCGGCAAGUACACGUCGCUGCAAGACUCGUACGCCAGCGUGAUCAAAGCGCUGCAGCACGCGGCGCUGGCCGCCGGCCGCCGGCUGGACCUGCAGUGUGUCGAGUCGGAGCAUCUCCAGGAUGCCUGCAAGACGGACGACCCGGUGCGCUACCACGAGGCGUGGCGUCACCUGUGCCGCGCCGACGGCCUCCUUGUGCCCGGCGGCUUCGGCCACCGCGGCGUCGAGGGCAAGCUGGCUGCCAUUCACUGGGCGCGCGUCAACAACAAACCCUUCCUGGGUGUUUGUCUCGGCAUGCAGGUGGCUGUGAUCGAGUACGCGCGUAACGUGGUCGGUCUGAAGGACGCCACUUCGACAGAGUUCGUCCAGGACACCUCCGAGCCUCUCAUCAUCGACAUGCCAGAGCACAACACGGGCCAGAUGGGCGGCACGAUGCGGCUGGGCCGGCGUGCUACCGAGUUCAAGGACGGCAAGCCGUCCUUGCUGCAGCAGCUGUACGGCACUGCACGCGUGGAUGAGCGUCACCGGCACCGCUACGAGGUGAACCCGGUCUACGUGGAGCGCCUCGAAAAGGCCGGGCUACACUUCGUGGGCCAGGCCGAGGACAAAGAGGCGACGCGAAUGGAGAUAGUCGAGCUGCCAGACCAUCCGUACUUCAUUGGCGUUCAGUUCCACCCGGAGUACCUGACCCGACCAACGCGACCCUCGCCACCCUACCUGGGUCUCGUGCUAGCCGCCUGCGGCAAGCUGACCAGCUACCUGGCCAAGGGUCGCCGGCUGACAUCGCGCUACCGUCGGGAGAGCACUGGUGACACUUCAUCCGACGAGGAGCUGGCAGAGCUGAGCCAGGCCGUGACCGGCUGUAUGACCCCGGUCACGGAGGGGGCGCGUGACACGCCGGCCAGCGGGGCGGCCUCUGAGGGCAGCUCUGGGGGCAGCGAGGAGGCGGCGGCUGCCGCGGCAGCGGCCGCGCAGUCCCCUCUGGUCGGCGCUGGAGACUCUGCAGUCGCGGCCGGCGAGCAGAAGACGGCGGCGAAGGCGGCCAAACCGGCCCCAGCAGCGUCUGCAUAGGAGUUCAAUGAUCUUAGGGCGGCGGUGGUCGAGGCCGGGGCGCCUCGCGUUCCUGGGGACAGCGAGAGGCGCACAGGGAGCAGCCCUGCUCAGCAAGACAGGCUACGUGACUGUGAAUUGAAUUCGUGUCGGUAGUUUGAGAGAGAUGAUUGGCCAGUUUUCCGUACUAAGUGCGAGGAUGCUACCUGUAAGUGCCAUGCAUGCGGAUUGCGGAGGUAUUCGAGAAUGUACUUAGCAGUUGCAAUUGAUUCGACAAUCCUGUAAGAGCCGAGUGGUUUUAGUUCAUCUUUUUUUCGGUUAGUACAAAUAUCUGUUCAAAUACCGCUUUCUUUGUCUCAUGCGUGAAAAUGUGUGCAAAUUUCACUAGCUCCGAAUGUGCGUUUCUUGUUGGCGUUUCUUGCAAGCAACUGUGAGGCUUAGGAAAGGGUUCUCAGCCCUUUAUCGUUUUCGAUGGACUCAGCUCAAGAACGGCAUCUCUGGUUUUUCCGGAAUGAUAUUACCCAUGUUCUGAUUGAUAUUUGUGAUGGUCUGAUAGUCCUGAAGUUGUGUUUGUUCACUUUGUAAGGCUCAGACAGUAAAGGCUCAGGCAGUAGCGGCGUGAUGUGUCAGCAAUUCAUGGAAAAACUUAUUUUGAGCGAGGGCAAAAAUGUCGUUUUGACCCUACUGUGAAGGCACUUUACGACUGCCAACACGUAUUUUUGUAACUUUUAGUCGAGUUUUGCGUCAACGCUCUGAAAUGAUAUUUUAGGUAUUGCAGAUAGAAAAAGUGCUGACGUGCUGUGCACUAAAAAGAAUAGCCUGCACUAGUUGGCUGUUGAUGUGUUGCCGAAUCCUGGCAAUAUUUGCCAUAGGUACUUUGAUGAACGUCGUAAUCGUCACCCUUUUCCCUCGGCAACGUAGCACUGAAGCGCGCUUCCUUGGCUCAGAUAUAUGACACGUUAGUUUUUGGCCCCGACUGUCAGUGCCGGCACUUGUGUCAUUACUUGCCGACCAGGCGUAGGACUGUUUACAGAAGACGUCGCGAACGUUAUCUACCCUCCACGUAACCGUUCAUGACGUGAUGCUCUAAGACAUUCUUGGAAUGAGGCCGUCCCGUGUUGUUUGCAGAACUGCAGGCAUUUCCUCGUACGAACAACCCCAUUUCCGACCAGUGCCAUCUGAUUCAAUAAACAAAGGCCGGCUGGCACGCCGCAUGGCCGGCGACGUAA